AUGCCACCCAAGCGCCACCCCUACGGCCGCAAGAAGGAGCCCAAGCCGCCCGGCCCCGUCGUCUUUGGCCCACCGCUCCCUCCGCCGCCCGACCCCCCGUCCGUCUCGGCGACCGACCCACAAGCAGCCGACCAGCCUGGCGCCCAGGACACGAAGCCGCGCCACAGGAGGAAGAAGCUCCCGCGCAAAAAGAUCGGCAAGGACACCAAGGGCGGGUGGGACGACGACCUCGACGAGCGCGAGCCUCACCCGGACGACGAGGGCCGCUACGACCAGGACGUCCCGUACGACCUGCGCCUCCUUCGCUGCUGCGACGAGUUCCGCUCGCUCCGCUCUCUCGGCCACCCCGACCGCCGCGUCGUCUACCAGGCCGUCCUGCGCUUCUUCCAGAUCAACGUCCCCGUCCUGCGCGCCAAGUACGGCUCGCAGCCGCUGCGAGGCUACGACCCCGAGCCCGACGACGUCGACUCGGACGACGGCGACGACAAUGACGGCGGCGACGGCGGCGAGAACGAGCUGCUCGAGACCAAGAUCGAGGAGAUCGUCGAGCGGUCCGAGGACGAGUGGGCCAAGGUUGUGUUCGCGCUCCCGAGGCUCGCCAAGUUCUUCGACAACCGGUACAACGACGCGUACACGCCGACGCUCUCGCUCGCGCCGCCGGUCAUCAAGAGCUUCUUCCGCUUCCUCGCGGCGCGCGACGUCAUUCCGGGUCACAACGCCGGCAUCGAGGCGUGCGUCGAUGUGUGCAACGUCGCGGCAAAGCAGCUUCACCCGGUCCAGCGUCUCUUCAAGGAGGUCAUCAACGCGUCGCAGCUCGGUCCCGCCGUCAAGCGCCUCUUCCCGUCGCCCGACUCGACCUUGUCUUCGCCCAUCGUCGUCGUCCCCGACUUUGUCGCUCGGCCCGCCGACGUCCUCCCAGACGUCUUCAGCAACGUCAGCCUCGCCGCACCCGACUCGGACUCGGACGACGAUGCCGACGAGGCUCAGCCGCGCUCGUCCGCCACCGCUGCCGCCGUUCCCGAGCGCAGCUGGCCGGACGCACACCGUGCGCCCGCCGACGCGCCGCCGACCGACCCGGAGGACGCGACGCGUCAGCGUCUCGAGCGCAUUCGCGCCCAGUUUGAGCGCGAGGCCGAGGCGCAGCGGGCGUGGGAGGACGCCGAGCGCGCGCACCGCCCGAGGAGCUCGACGGCCGUGCUCAAGGCGGUCGUCGACACGGCGCAGCUCGCCGUCGGCGAGGGAGCGAGCAGUGAGAGCGAGCCGGAGCAGGAGGGGACGUGGCGGGUCGGGCACAAGGAGCGCUGCGCGCGCGAGCUGCGCGGGUGGGAGCUCGUCGCGCCGGCGGCGGCGAGCGACGGACGCCGCCUCGUGCGCCUGCACCUCGGCCCGCACGAGCGCAAUUUCCCGCUCGACGCGUCGCACGAAUUUCCGCCGCUCGCGACGCGCGAGGCCGUCGCUGCGCUCGGCGGCGGGCAGGACGCCGCCACCCUCGAGCGCGACUCGAGCGACUCGCCGCUGUCGCUCGUCGUCGACCUCGGCGAGUCGUUCAACGUGUCGCACCUCGACGCGCUCGUCUCGCCGCCCGCCGUCCUCGAGUGCGACCUCGCGCAGCUCGUCUUCGUCCCUUUCCACUCGUCGCCCUCGUCCUCGUCGCCGCGCGUCGCCGAGCUGUGGACCCUCGCCGCCCUGCACCGCCUCCUCCCCGCCUACUGGCGCCACGGCGGCGAGCUCCUGCGCGGCGACCCGGGGAGGCCCCUGUCGUUCCCGGGCGAGGGAUACGAGGUUGCCUCGGAGGAGGCGCACGAGGAGUUGGGCGCCGAGGCGAGCAGGGUCGGCUGA